CAUGAUGUCCUACAUUAAGCAACCCCAUUACGCCGUGAACGGGUUAACACUGUCCGGCCCGGGCAUGGAUCUGCUCCACUCCACCGCCGUUGGAUACCCCAACACACCGCGUAAACAGCGUCGGGAGCGCACCACCUUUACACGCGCACAGCUGGACAUCCUCGAGGCUCUGUUUGCCAAAACCCGCUACCCAGACAUCUUCAUGAGAGAGGAGGUGGCCCUCAAAAUCAACCUGCCCGAGUCCAGAGUCCAGGUCUGGUUCAAGAACCGUCGUGCCAAGUGCCGCCAGCAGCAGCAGCAGAGCACGGGCCAGUCCAAACCACGCCCUCCUAAAAAGAAGGCAUCUCCUUCUCGUGAGGCCAACACUGAUGCCAGUGCCAACCCCACCAAUGGACCCUACAGCCCUCCACCCCCUCCUCCAGGCACCGCCAUCACUCCCAGCUCCAGCUCUGCUAGCGCCACCGUGUCCAUCUGGAGCCCAGCCUCCAUCUCCCCGCUGCCAGACCCCCUGUCUGCCUCCACCACCCCCUGCAUGCAGCGCACCACCUACCCCAUGACCUACACCCAGGCCCCAGCCUACAGCCAGAGCUACGCAGGCUCCUCCUCCUACUUCACUGGUCUGGACUGCAGCUCCUACCUGUCCCCCAUGCACCCGCAGCUGUCGGGCACUGGAGGUGCCCUGAGCCCCAUCACAGCCUCCUCGAUGGGUGGGCCCCUCAGCCAGUCCCCCGCAUCGCUCUCCUCACAGGGCUACACAGCCGCCUCGCUGGGCUUCGGAGCCGUCGACUGUCUAGACUACAAGGACCAAGCUGCCUGGAAGCUCAAUUUCAAUGCCACUGACUGUCUGGACUACAAAGACCAGAACUCCUGGAAGUUCCAGGUCUUGUAA